UGCCUUUGGAACUCAGUCAAGAAAUUAUGAAAAAGAACUGGAGAUCCUAGAGAAGCUCAGCACAUUACAGAAACUGAAGCAAGACAUCCUGAAGGCACAGAGCACUGUUGUUAAAGAUGGGAGUGAGUUGUAUGGGAGUCAAACAGCAGAAAGUAGGAUGCCACAGUCAGGUGACCCAACAGAGCCUAUAGCUUCCCAAACUUCUCACUGCAGCAGUCAGAAAAAUUCCAGAAAAGUAACAUUUGGAGAAACGCAGCUAAAGAAGGACUUGAGUAUAAUCUAUGAGGAUAGUUCAUUUAUGUCAGAUUAUAUAAACAAAAGCAAGUCAGUGAGUUACCAAACUCCAUCAAGAGAGUAUGAGUCAUCACCAGAGGGUAAUCGCGAGGAGGGAAGCCUCAUGCAGAGACAUGUUCAAGAGACAAGAUGUGGAAUGGAAGCAAGGUCAGGCUCCUCCCACUUAGAAUAUACUGUCUCACCAUAUGACCUGCAACCAAGGCAAAAAGGUCUUGCAAGUCUAACUGACCAAGAGAGUGAGAGUAGCAGGAAUAGUCAGCUAGAUUCUAAGUCAAUGCAGAGGUCUAGAGCUGGUAGACAUGGUUCUCAAAGCCCAUUCCAAUUUUCAGCACCAAAUUCACAUUCCUAUGAUGCUGAACGGAUGAACAGCAAGAGGUUUACUAACAGUGGUUCUACAAUGUUUCCCCCUUCCAACCAGAAGGAGAAGCUGUCAAGUUUCCCAGGGGAGCCUGAGCAGGAGGACCUCAGUGCCUUUGACCACACAACUAGCAGUUUGGUCUUUACACCCCUUGGCCCAGAAAACACUUUGACGUCAACUUCAGCAUUUUUACCCCACCUAAAUGAAAGCAGCAGUCAAAGAGAGGACCAAGCUUCUGUUAGAAAAGCAGCAGAUGAUUUGACAGAAACCGAGACGUCAGGACAUUCGCCGGGGGUACAGAGUCUGUCGCGUAAGGGUUCAUCUGAUUCUGUUUAUUCUAUGCCAGAUAUGACAGAGGUUCUGAAGAAGUUUGGGCUGGACUGGGCCGAGAGCAUGAUGAAAAAAAUGGAGAAAUCAGAGAAGAGAUCAUCAUCAGAAAAUACAUUUUGUGAUUAAAAAGUUCUAUUUUAGAGCUCUGUGGAAGUAGGUAUGUAUUAGAGUGCAUAUUUUUAUUUGUUUUGUUAAUAUGUUGAUUUUAUUUUCUUAAUGAAGAAGUUUAAAGAGAUAUAGGUAAAGAUUUAAUAAAAACUUUUAAUCA